CCCAGCAUCGCAAUACGUGAAUGUGUGAUGGGGAAAUUCUGAUACAAAAUCCGGUUCCAUAAUUCAUAAAUGGACAGUUUAUCUGACGGAACUCGAUGGUACGCAGUCCAAACUGUGAACUUGUAUUCGUGGUGUAGACCAUCAUCAUUCCCUAAUUAUCCAUCGGUCUUUGUGAGCAGCGGUUCGAGUGGUUUGCCUGCCCGGGUUGUGUGCAGAUUUGACGGACGAUAAUGCCAGUGUUUGGUGGGUCAUUGGAAGGCAGUCGUGUCAGCAGUAGGCAUAAGAAAGAUCCUCACGAUUUUGAUAACAUCCAUUCCAAUCUGCUACAAAGGAAUCUGAAGCAUGUGCUGAACCCGCAAGACAACAGUAUGGAACCAACAGCAGCAAAGCGUGCAAACUGCGUCAGUGUAGAGAGUAACAAUGCUACAUCUGAAGCUUAUAAGAUGCGUAUCUGCGUGGCGACGUGUAACCGUGCCGACUACUCCAAGCUUGCGCCCAUAAUGCAAGCCGUCAAGAAGGAUGAGGAACUGGAGUUAUCAGUCAUAGUCCUUGGAUGUCAUCUUAUUGAUGAUUAUGGGUCAACCUAUCGUUACAUCGAGCAGGAUGGCAUAUACAUUGACAGUCGUCUUCAUACUAUCGUUAGAGGUGAGGAUGAGGCAGCUAUGGUAGAGUCUGUCGGCCUAGCCAUGGUUAAACUCCCCGAUGUCCUACUUCGUCUCAAACCAGACGUCUUAAUCAUACACGGUGACCGCUUUGAUGCCUUGUCCCUCGCUGCCUCUGCCGCCCUCAUGAACAUUCGUAUAGUGCACGUGGAAGGUGGAGAAAUCAGCGGAACAAUCGACGACAUGAUCCGCCAUUCAAUCACCAAGCUGGCUCACUACCAUGUCUGCUGCACCGAGCGGGCGCACAGCCGGCUGCUGGCAAUGUGUGAAGACAACACGGCCAUCUUGCUCGCCGGUUGCACGUCGUAUGAUAAACUCUUGAACACCGACUCCACCAAUAGCUCAGCUGUGAUUCAGAAGUGGGUGCCGUUGGACGGACAGCCGCACGAGUACAUUGUGGCCUUGCAGCAUCCAGUCACUACCAACAUCAAACAUUCCUUGAAGAUGUUCGGGCUGAUGAUUGAUGCCCUGCUGGAUUUCGGCAAGAAAGUCAUCAUUCUCUUUCCAAAUAUUGAUGCUGGAAGUAAAGAAAUGACACGAGUGAUGCGACUAAAAGGUGUUGAACAUCAUCCGGACUUCAAGACCGCCAAGCAUAUACCAUUUGAGGAGUUCAUCGUUCUUGUGGCUAAUGCUGGCUGCAUGAUCGGUAACAGCAGUGCUGGGAUAAGGGAGGCCGGAGCGUUCGGCACUCCAGUUAUUAAUCUCGGGUCGAGGCAGACAGGCAGAGAAACUGGUGAGAAUGUACUGCAUUGUAGAGAGGCAGACACCACUCAGAAGAUAAUCCAUGCCCUUGAUAUUCAGUACCAGAAACAGUACCCACCGUCGUACAUUUAUGGAGACGGCCAUGCAAUUCCAAGGAUCAUGAAGUUCCUCAAGUCCAUUGACAUCACCUGCGAGACCCAGAAGUCAUUUGUAUUCCCACCCAUGCCUGCGAGUCAUAGUCGGGAUAUAGACCACAUAUUGGAGACGCAGAGCGCCCUCGCUGUUGACCUUGGGGGCACGCAUCUCAGGGUGGCCCUUGUUGACAAUCAUGGGACAAUACUUAUUCAAGAAUCUAGUGCCACCCCUGCAUCAAAUGAAGAGCGGAUGACGCGUCUGUUAGAGAUGCUGAUGAAUAUAUCCCAGAAGGCAAUAUCUCUCAACUGUAGAGUACUGGGAGUGGGUAUCAGCACAGGGGGCAGAGUGGAUCCUAGCCAGGGAGUUGUCAAACAUUCCACUAAGGCACUGGAAGGUUGGUCGGAGAUUGAUCUUCGGACACCAAUAUCGAGCUUGUUGCAUCUGCCUGUGUGGGUCGAUAACGAUGGCAACUGCGCUGCUCUAGGGGUGCGGGCCUUCGGCUGCGGCAAGGGUAUCGAUGACUUUGUUACCAUAGCAACUGGAACUGGAAUCGGUGGAGGUGUUGUACUCGGCGGGAAACUGAUUCACGGGACAAAUUUCUGCGCAGCUGAGUUGGGUCACACCAAGGUGUCGUUAGGGGGUCCAGUGUGCCAGUGUGGAGGGACAGGAUGUGUUGAAGCGUACAGCUCUGGUUUGGCACUCCAGAAGGAAGCACAGAGGCUACAUGCAGAUGGCGCUCUGGGUCAAGGAGAUGGCUUGAUUGAGAAUGAUCAGCCAGUAUCCGCUAAGCAUCUUAUUGAUGCUGCCAAGAACGGAAACAAUGAUGCCCAGGAGAUCCUCAAUAGGGGAGCUAAAGCCAUCGGUGCCCUCGUGGUGAACCUAGUGCACAUCCUGAACCCCUCAAUGGUCGUACUAUGUGGUGUCUUGGCACCAGUCUAUUUCGAGACAGUCCGCAACGUCGUCAGGAAAGAUACCCUCCCGUCUGCAUCCAAUCUGGACGUCAGGGCCUCGUCCCUCCAGGAACCAGCCCUUCUAGGAGCAGCUAGUCUGGUCCUGGAGUAUGCUACUCGGAGGACAUACUAACUUGUCAUUCUUGCUAUCCCAGUUUGGGUACACUGUUACCCUGAUUGAUCCCGCCUCUCCUAUUGAAGAUAUCAUUGUUCUGAACCAGUAUCCCAAUUGGGUAUACCGUUACCCCGAUUGAUCUCACUUCUCCAAUCAGAGAUACCACUGUUUCCAAUCAGUAUCCCAAAUGGGGUUUACUGUUACAAAAAGUAGAAGCCUCUGCUCCCCAUAGAGAUACCAUUGUUCCCAAUUGGGACAUACUGUUUUCAUGACUGAUCCGACUUCUCCCAUGGGAUACCAAUUUUCCCAAUAAUUACCCCAAUUGUGAUAACUUUUAUCCCGAUUGGUCGAGCUUCUCCCAUUAGGGAUACCAUUGUUUAUGGAAACAGUUUAGGGUAAACUCUGUAGAGAAAGAACAAGAGGUCUUGUCAUUCUGGAUCUAUUGUUGUAUUAUUAAUGAAAUUAUUUUAUGAUAAUUAAAUCCAUGAGGUAAGCCCAGUUCAAACUUCGCGAAUGCGAAUGAAAAUGCGAUACAAAUUUUGACUGCACCAAUUAACAGCGAAUAAUUCACAUCAGUUGAAAUGUGUUCAACUCCUGCAAAAAAUGUUUUGCGUUCUCAUUCGCAGGACGAAUGAACCGGGCUUUACCACGGUUGUACAUGUUCAAUAUGAAUACAUAUAUUCAGGACCAGUAUUUGAAAUCUAAUCCCAUGAAUUUAAACAAACACUAACUUUAUCCACCCAUGUUUGCAUCCAUCCACUUUCUUGUAAGUCGUCGGGUUGGUUUAUUGUGAAUGUAAUCAACCAAAGAUUUUAUCUAUAUUACCAAUGUAUUAUAUAAUGUAUUUUAUUGAUGUAAUUAAAAUGAGAUGAAUGUGUGCUAGCUGUACGACUAGUUCUAUAUUGAAAUAUUGUUGACAGGGGUGGGGAGACGGCAGAAAACUUGAACCCCUUAUAAACAGGUACCAGGCACAAGCAGUGUUCAUUACUGAUGGCUAAUAGCUGGUAAACGGUUUCUGUCUAUCAAGAUUGUGCACUGGGUUCAAUACCUCACACAGAACAUUUCACACUUGCAACCAAGCUACAAUCCCGGCCGCAUCUCAUUGGGCCCCCAUGCCACCUUUCAGUAUUGGCUAUCCUUGCGCGGUCUUUGGCGCUCCCAGCAACAUUGAGGGGGGGGGGGGGGGGGGUAGAAUG